UGAAGUGGUGCUAAAAGCUUUAGCUGAGGUUUGGCUUCUUCCUUUCACGGGUUUUCACUCUUGAGAUGGACUUUCUCGCCGUUGAGUGAUUUUUGUAGCAGAGGUUGUGAUGGCAUUUCGGUUUCUGCUUAUCCUUCUGCUUCUUCUCUUAUGUUUUCGCUUCAGUUCGUCCGACGAUUCUGACUCCAACGACGGUUCGACACUGUUGGAGAUCAAGAAAUCUUUCCGUGACGUCGACAAUGUUUUGUAUGACUGGACGGAUUCCCCAUCUUCGGAUUACUGUUUCUGGAGGGGAGUAACAUGUGACAACGCUACCUUCAGUGUGAUUGCUCUUAAUCUAUCGGGUUUAAAUCUUGACGGAGAAAUCUCGCCUGCGAUUGGGGAUCUGAAGGGCCUACUCUCUCUUGAUUUAAAGGGUAACCGUCUCUCUGGACAGAUCCCGGAUGAGAUUGGGGAGUGCGCAUCUUUGAAAAAACUAGAUCUGUCUAUGAACAACAUCUAUGGGGACAUACCAUUUUCAAUCUCAAAGUUGAAACAGUUAGAAAACCUGUUUUUGAAAAAUAAUCAGUUGAUAGGACCCAUUCCUUCAACCUUGUCUCAGAUUCCAAGCUUAAAAUUCUUGGAUCUAGCCCAGAAUAACUUGACUGGUGAAAUACCAAGGCUUAUUUACUGGAAUGAAGUAUUACAGUAUCUGGGUUUGCGUGGAAACAAUUUGAUAGGAACUCUCUCCCCUGAUAUGUGCCAAUUGACUGGGUUAUGGUAUUUUGAUGUAAGAAACAACAGUCUGACUGGUAGCAUUCCUCAGAAUAUUGGCAAUUGUACUGGCUUCCAGGUCUUAGACUUGUCCUACAACCAGCUUACUGGAGAGAUUCCAUUUAAUAUAGGGUUCUUGCAAGUCGCUACGUUAUCUCUGCAAGGAAACCGGUUAUCUGGGCAUAUUCCAUCAGUGAUUGGUCUCAUGCAAGCCCUUGCUGUGUUAGAUUUAAGUUGCAACCAGUUAACUGGACCUAUUCAUCCCAUUCUUGGCAAUUUGACUUACACAGAGAAAUUGUACUUGCAUGGUAAUAAGCUGACAGGAUCCAUUCCACCAGAGCUUGGAAACAUGACAAAGCUACACUAUCUGGAAUUGAACGACAAUCAACUUACUGGGCAUAUACCAUCUGAGCUUGGGAAGCUCACUGAAUUGUUUGACUUGAAUGUUGCAAACAACAAUCUUGAAGGGCCAAUUCCUGCCAAUCUUAGCUCAUGUACAAAUCUCAAUAGUCUCAAUGUGCAUGGCAACAAAUUGAAUGGAAGCAUCCCACCCCAGUUUGAAAGGCUUGAGAGUAUGACAAAUUUGAAUCUCUCCUCAAAUUAUCUUAAGGGCCAUAUCCCAAUAGAGCUGUCUCGAAUUGGUAAUUUGGAUACCCUGGAUAUUUCUAAUAAUAUGAUCAGUGGUUCCAUACCUUCGUCCCUUGGUGACUUGGAGCAUCUUCUAAAAUUGAAUUUGAGCAAGAAUCGUUUAACUGGAUGUAUUCCAAUGGAGUUUGGAAAUCUGAGGAGUGUGAUGGAGAUAGAUCUUUCAAACAACCAUCUUUCAGGCCCAAUUCCAGAAGAGCUUGGUCAGCUACAAAAUCUGUACUCACUGAGAGCAGAAAACAACAAUUUAUCAGGGAAUGUGCUGCCUCUGAUUGACAGCUUCAGUCUCACCAUUCUGAAUGUAUCUUACAACAACCUAGUUGGUGAAAUUCCUAUGAGCAACAACUUCUCUAGAUUUAGACCUGAUAGCUUUCUAGGGAAUCCUGGUCUUUGCGGAUAUUGGCUAAGUUCUCCAUGUCAAGCAUCACACCUGCCUGAACGAGCUACAAUCUCUAAAGCAGCAAUCCUAGGCAUUGCUUUGGGUGCCCUUGUGCUUCUUCUCAUGAUAUUAGUCGCAGUAUGUCGGCCGCAAAAUCCAUCACCUUUUCCAAAAGGAUCCCCGGGCAAACCAGUUAACCAUGCAUCACCAAAGUUGGUGAUCCUUCACAUGAACAUGGCUCUUCAUGUCUAUGAGGACAUCAUGAGGAUGACUGAGAAUCUGAGUGAGAAGUAUGUAAUUGGUUAUGGUGCAUCAAGCACAGUGUACAAAUGUGUGUUGAAGAACUGCAAGCCAGUGGCUAUCAAGAGACUGUAUUCUCAUUACCCGCAGAGCCUGAAGGAAUUUGAGACUGAGCUUGAGAUAGUUGGAAACAUCAAGCAUCGUAAUCUGGUCAGCCUCCAAGGUUUUUGUUUGUCACCGAGUGGGAACCUUCUCUUCUAUGACUACAUGGAGAAUGGAAGCCUCUGGGAUCUCUUACAUGGCCCUUCAAAGAAAAAGAAAUUUGACUGGGAAGCCCGCCUUCGAAUAGCAGUAGGAGCAGCACUAGGACUGGCAUACCUUCACCAUGACUGUAGCCCUCGUAUAAUCCAUAGGGACGUGAAAUCGUCAAACAUACUAUUGGAUAAGGAUUUUGAAGCCCAUCUCACCGACUUUGGCAUUGCAAAGAGCCUGUGCACAUCCAAGUCCCAUGCGUCUACGUAUAUAAUGGGCACAAUUGGCUACAUUGAUCCUGAAUAUGCCCGCACUUCCCGCCUCACUGAGAAAUCUGAUGUCUACAGCUACGGGAUUGUCCUGCUUGAGCUGCUCACUGGGAAGAAAGCUGUGGACAAUGAUUCCAAUCUCCAUCAGCUGAUCAUGUCCAAGGCUACCAACAAUGCUGUGAUGGAGACUGUUGAUCCGGAUAUCACUGCUACAUGUAAAGAUCUUGGAGCAGUAAAGAAGGUAUUCCAGCUCGCCCUUCUCUGCACCAAGAAACAACCCUCGGAGCGGCCGACUAUGCAUGAAGUGAGCAGAGUCCUAGGAUGCUUUGUGACAGCCCCUGUCAUGGCUAAGCAAUUGGGUCUACAACCACCGCUGCCACCACCACCACUGCCAUCACCCACGAUGCCAAGUUACGUGAAUGAGUAUGCGAACCUCAAGGACCCAACCAUGGUAAACUGUGGAUCCCUGAGCACCUCUGAUGCUCAACUCUUCCUGAAAUUCGGGGAGGUAAUAUCCCAGAACAGUGAGUGACUUGAGACAGAAUUUCCAUCCCAAGCAACCAGAACAAAUGCAGGAAGAGAAUGGAACUGAGCAAAAAAUAGACUGGUGGUAGGCAGGAUGAUGGUUCAUUUUGCUUGGUGAGGUAUGGUAUCUGUAUCAAUCUCCAUCAUGUAAUUAAUUGAUAAAUAAGAUCAUAUUGGUAAUUUGGUAAUGGAGAAUUGUCAUCUUAUGGCUGCCUUAUUCGUGGUCAGUCUAUC